GAAGUUCUAAUUUACAUGGCGUCUCGAACGCAUCACUAAAAGGACGCUUCCAGGGUAAGCUAAGCUGUGGGUAACUCGGCUAGCUGUUACCAUUUCCAUCCCGCUUCUUCUCUUGUGGAAGCGCUUUGAUUUAAAUCGCUGGCAAAAGGAAAUGUAACGACAUUUAAGGAUUUAUCUGUGAGGCUGCAGCCAUGGGCCCAGAGGACCUAGCAGACAUAAAGACUGAGCCUUCAGAGGAAAAUUUGAGUGUUGCUGAGGUGAACGUAGAUCUGGAGUCUGGUUCCAGUGAUUCCUCCACCGACUCUGAGCCCGAGGACUCCAGUCGGCCAAAGAAGAAAAAAUCCGACAAGUGUUUCCCGUGUCCCACCUGCGGCAAGGUGUUCGACAGGCCGUCGAGGGUAGAGAGGCACAAACCGGUCCACGAGAGGAAGCCCAAGCUGCUCUAUCACUGCGAGCACUGUGAGAAGAGCUUCACCCAACAAGAGAAGCUGAUCCGACACCAGAAUUUCCACAACAGGACUAACGAGCAUCCCUGUCCCGACUGUGGAAAAGUGUUCAACAGGCCCUCGAGGUUAGAGAGACACAGACGCACUCAUUCAAGGAAACCCAAGGUGCCUCACCAGUGUUCCUUCUGCGCGAAGACAUUUGUGAAGCAUCACAAGCUUCUCCGUCAUGAGCGAGUUCACACCGGGGAGCGGCCGUUCACCUGUCCGGUGUGUGGCAAGGGAUUCUCCGAAGCGGGUCACUGCAAAGCUCACGAACGGACCCACGAAGAGCAGCCGGAGAAGCCUCACAGCUGCUCCGUCUGUGGAAUGUGUUUCUUUAAGGCCUCCGCGCUGCGCCGCCACUUCCGCUCCCACACGGGGGACAAACCUUUCAGGUGCACCGUCUGCGACAGGUCCUACUCCCGCUCCGAGGGACUGAAGAGACACACGAGGAGCCACACGGGGGAGCGACCCUUCAAGUGCACCAUCUGCAGCAAAGCCUUUUAUUCUCGCCACUGCUUGAACACUCACAGCCUCAUCCACUCCGGCGAGAAGCCACACGUUUGCUCCGUGUGCGGGAAGGGCUUCUCGCAGCUGGGCAACAUGAGGGAUCACGAACAGAACGUCCAUAAAAGAACAGAGAAGUACAUUUGCAAUGAGUGUGGGGCGACGUUCACGCGGUACAAGACGAUGACGGAGCAUCAGCGCACUCACACGGGGGAGAAACCGUACUCGUGCCUCACCUGUGGGCGCAGGUUCACCUGGAGCCACUCGCUCAGCAGACACCGAAGGUCACACGCGCACGAACAGAUGGUCCUGGAAAGCUCUAAAAACCUGGAGAGUUUUGAAGGUACUCCUGAGAAUCUGGACAGCUGAAAGGCCGAGAGGUUUUAAAGACGAUGCGUAUUCUAGUGCAUGCACUCACCUGCUCCGUCAGCAGAAAUGCUGUUUUUAUUAAACGUUUAAUCAUGAUUUAAUCACGGAUAAAAAAUAAUGGUUGGUGGGUAGAGUUCAGCUGGAACUCAUAAAAUGGUGGUUAGCUGUCUUCAAAGCCCCGUGACACAUUCAGCCUGUCUGUGUGUAUUGUCCAACGUGCAGCCAAGCCAGGACGCUGUGUGGUCCAGUUAUUCUCACACGGUCAAUCAUUUCUUCUCACAUCUUUGGUUUGUGAUGAUUCACUAGUUGCUCAACAUGAAGACAUCCUGGACAAAAAUCAGCCUUUUAAUUGCACCUUUAAUUUGAACCAGCGUGUGCUUGAGCAGGUUUCCAGCUGGGGGUGAGGUGACAUUAAAAAGAGCUAGUUACAGAUUCU